UUCUCCCAGAUACCAUUGUCAGGGGGUUGGAAGGAGUCACUUGGACUGGUAUCUCCGUGUCAGACUUUGGUUGUGAUUUGCCAGACAACAGGACUGUUGGAUGUUGUAUUAUUCCUCAAUUAUGGGAUUGUUAGCAAAUAUUGGAAUAACCUAUGUUAUAAUACAGGCCGCUGUAAUAUUUGCUGUUAUUUCUGAUGGAUCGUCCGAGCGUUUCUGCAACCAUACUUUUACAUCUAAUUUUACAACGCAGUGCACGGCUUGUGUCCGUAACAAGGACGUGGAGUGUCCAUACAAUGCCACGAAGCUGAGCUCUGGAAGGGGGGUGGCUGAAUGCACGUACAUCGUGACGCUUGGCGGGUCCAAGAUCGUACAACUGGCUGGCUGUCACCACCUGUGUUAUCGCACAGCUAUCUCCGUCAGGUGCUGCCCAGGACACUGGGGGCCACAGUGUGAAGAGUGUCCAGGAGGUGUCGACAAUGUGUGCAGUGGUCACGGUCUGUGCAGCGAGGGUAUCGACGGAAUCGGCACUUGCGACUGUGAUGAGAAUUUCACCGGUACAGUGUGUGAGCUGUGUGCCAACAGUACUUUCUAUGGCCCCAACUGUACUGAAGAGUGCCAGUGUGGCAAUGGAACAUGUAACAGUGGAGUGUAUGGAGACGGGUCAUGUGACUGCUUUAGUGGAUUCAAGGGAGACUACUGUGAUAUCACUAUUAUGGGUUGUGAAAACAUGACGUGUGACAACAACAGCCGGUGUCAGGAGAUUGAUGGCAACACCACCUGUGUUUGUGAUCAUGGAUAUGAGGAAAGCGACAAUAAUUCCUGUUCUCCCAUUGACAACUGUCUGGAUUCCCCGUGCCACGUGUAUGCUACGUGUACCCCCACUGGCCCCGCUGAACAUCGGUGUGACUGCAACUCUGGAUAUUCUGGGGACGGCGUCUACUGCGAGCCCAUCAACCCUUGUCAGGUGGACAACGGUGGUUGUGUGGUCCUCAAGUCUGUCUGCAUGUACAUGGGACCAAAUAGGAGUGCCUGUGACUGUAUGGCCGGGUUUGAGAAUUACGUCCCAGGGUAUGGGUGUUCCCUGAUUGACAUCUGCUCAUCUGUGAGCUGCCACAAGAAUGCCACCUGUACCACAGUCAGCCCCAAUGCUAUUGAGUGUACCUGUCACGAGGGCUUUGUGGGAGAUGGCCAGGAGUGUUAUGGGAACAUUAUGCAGCGUCUUGAGGAUCUAAAUGGGAAUGACCCUGACUUGAAGAACCAGCUUACAUUUGCAAUGGAGAUGUUGAACACUGGUUACAGGGAUGCUCUCACCAAUCAGGGCCCUUUCACCAUCUUCGUCCCAGCGAGCCAGGGCUUCAAGAAAGUCUUCAAAACUUCGACUUUUGAGUCCUUCCUGGCGAACAGAGACAUGGUGCGACAGAUAAUCCGCCAGCACGUGAUCGUAGGUCAGCUGUCCCUGAAUGACCUGCAGAACCACACGAACUACUUCACCCUGCAGGGCGUCGCCCUGACACUCAGCCUCAGGGCGAGAAGCGAGGUGUUCAAGUACCGACUCCGAGGCCAGUCGGACAAGUCAAAGAUCCUGAAGGGGGAUCUGGUUUGUGCUAAUGGGAUGAUCCAUGUGACCAACUCUCUCAUCACCAUGGAGCCAGAGAUAGUGUCCGACCCCGAGAAAAGUGUGCUGGAUAUGAUAAACCAGGAGGGGCGGUACCGCCGAUUCCAGUCUCAUGUUCAGAGGCUGGGAUUAGAGAGUCAGUUUGAGGCCGACAAUGUCACAGUGUUUCUCCCCAACAACCGGGUGUGGGACGAUCUGGAGGAUGGCACUGUGGAGUACCUCAUGUCUUAUGAUGGAUAUCCUGUACUGAAGAAAAUCAUUGAAAAUCAUGUCUUCCCAGGAACGGUGCAUGUUGCAGACUUGAUCAACAAAAGGAGAAUCAUUUCCCAGUCUAACUCUGCCGUCAGUAUCAGCAUCAGACCAACUGGCCUGAUACAACUGAACGACGACGUGGACAUCUCCCAGACUGACAUCACCUGCAAGAACGGCAUCUACUACCACAUCGAGAGUCUCCUAGUGCCGGCUGACAUGGGGAACAUACUACCCAAGCGCUGUGAUGUCAAAAUCCACCGUAUUGUUCGGGGUUCCUGCGGUGCGUGUUACGGUGACCUAAAAUGUCCGCUACCUACAGAUAAACCACUGAAAACUGUUAUAACUGGAUGUCACUAUUGGAAGAAUUUGGGGAGUGCAUGUACCGGGUGGAUGUGCUCGCAUGUGCAACAGGACAUAUGUGAGGAAGCGAUGCUGUCCAGGUUUCUAUGGUGAAGACUGUCAGUCCUGUCCAGCGGGCUUCCAGAAGCCAUGCAAUGGGAGGGGCAAGUGUUUUGACAGUCGGUAUGGCAAUGGAACUUGUCGAUGUGACAAAAACUUCAGUGGGCUGGCCUGUCAGAACUGUGCUGGAAUGGAC